GGCAGAUGGAGUGGGCGGGGAAAGUGAUGCAUUUGAAUUCAGCUGUGAGUGUGGAUGUGGGUCUAGAAGAGUCAAGAGGUAACUUCCUGAUCUCAGCGCAGUGAAACUAUUUCUUCCUUUCUUCAUCUGCUGUUUUUGGAAUGGAUAUUGAUUUUGGAGACUUUGAAUGAUUUUCUGUGGAUGGAAAAGAAGUCUGCAGCUUCCCUCCUUUGUUGUGAAAGUAGUUGUUGCGUCUCUGGAGCUGGAUUUUUACGACGACUUUCCAAGCUCUGCUGGUGGUCUUCAACCCAAGUUUGGAUUCAAGGGGAAGGCUUGGGGAUUCAUCUGACACUGGUGGCUUCCUGGGAAGUAUUACUGUCAGUCAGAAGAAAACAAAGUAUCUUUGACUUAAUCUGCACAACUUUAAAAAGGAACCCCGAUGGCAAAGCUGAAAGAGGAGCUUUGGAAAAUCCUUCAGGACUUGAAAGAGAAGGACUUCGAGCUUUUCAAAUGGUUUCUGAAUAUAGAUAAUAUCGUGGAGGGCUUUUCAGGAAUUCCUAGCGCUCGGUUGGAAAAGGCGGAAAGACAGGAUGUUGUAGAUCUGUUGGUGCAGAAAAAUCAGGUUACUGGAGCUCUGAUGUUAACCAAGGCGGUUUUAGAGAAGAUCAGCAGGAAUGAUCUGGUGGAGCGUUUGGAAAGCUCCAGCCCGGAAACAAAAGACCUCAAGAACCACGAGUGUGUUGCUCUGAAAGGCGAACUUGAAAAGAAGAAAGUCGAGCUGGGGGCUAAAAUCGAGCUGAUGAUCCAGGAGAGGGAGACGAAGAUCGAGGAGAUCAAACUCUCAGCAGAGCUCAGUGGCAAAUCUGCAGACAGACAAAUCACAGACAGCGAGCAGGCUUUCGCUGUGUUGCUGCAGACUUUGAAGGAGAGUCUGGAUAAUCUCAUUGAGUCCAUUAAUGAGAAGCGGAAAACAACACAGAAACAGGCCGAGGAAUGCAUACAAGAGCUGGAGCAAGAACUCUCAGAGCUAAGAAAGAGAAGCGCUGAGGUAGAGAAACUCUCAACCACCAAAGACCAUCUUAACUUUGUCCACAGCUUUGCCUCCAACACUAAGAACUGGACAGAAUUCAGCAUCACUCCCCCGUCAUAUGGAGGAAGUGUGGGGAGCACUGUGGACCAGCUCGAGAAAAUGCUCAGAAAACAGAAGGACGCAUUUAUUGCAAAGGGGAAGCUGAACAGGGUCCAGCAGUUUGCAAAAGAUGUGUCUCUAGAUCCUAACACAGCUCAUCCCAACCUCGUUCUGUCUGACAAUGGGAAGCAAGUGUACUGUGGUGAUGUAAAACAAAGCCCACCGGACUGCUCAAAAAGAUUUCUUUCUGCCAUCAAUGUUCUGGGAAAGCAGAGUUUCUCUUCAGGAAGAUUUUAUUAUGAGGUUCAGGUCAAAGGGAAGACUUCUUGGGAUCUAGGUGUCGUCAAAGAGUCGAUUGACAGGAAGGGAUCAAUCAACGCAAGCCCCGAGAAUGGCUACUGGACUAUAUGUCUUAGAAAGGGAGAGAAUUACCGAUCUUCUGGAAUCCAUCUCCGUGUGAAAUCCCAACUGGAGAAGGUUGGCGUGUUUGUGGAUUAUGGGGAGGGCUCGGUCUCCUUUUAUGACGUAGAUUCAGCACACAUUAUCCACACCUUUACUGGAUGUUCUUUCACUGAAAAGCUCUACCCAUUCUUCAGUCCUGGUCUUUAUCUUUCUGGUAAAAACUCCGCCCCUCUUGUCAUUUCUCCUAUAAAUUACACUGAUUAGAUCAUCCACCGACUGAUGGUUCUGCAAUUUACAAGUCUUGCCUAUUUCAUCCUUAUCAGACAUUGUAACGGGUUUGACAAGGUUUUAAUUUUGGGGUGCCAGUCAGAGUCAAGUCCGACAAACAAAAACUAAAUGCAAACAAAAAAAUAGCCAACCUGCACAAAAUAGGAGCCAAGCAAGAGCAAAAAACAAUCAAACAAAACAACAAUGGGAUUUCAAAUAUAUAUAUUAUCACAGGCAUCAACCACACUGCAACAAAAUGAAUGUGAGCACUGUGUGUGUGCGUGUUUCACAGUCUGUGUUUGUAACUCAAAGUUCACUCCCUUCCGGCAAAAGUCCGCUCCGGUAACCCACAACCCACAGUUCAGUCCAUUUCAGUUCAAUGUUCAAAUACAAAACAAAAAGUCCGCUCCGGGUUUUA